AAUAGAUUCUCUCUCAUCCUUCGCAAUAUUACUUGCAAGAAAACCCCUUUCUUCUUCUCUCUAGGCGUCAGCCAUGGCAUCUCUCCCCCAAAAUCACUUUCAGCAAUUUCUUCAGCAGCCAUCCUCUCAGCCGCAGCAGCAAUCAAAUUCAUACAGGGAUAUGUAUAACGGCAACGUCGACGGCCAGAUUUCUCAGCAAGUGCCCUACUUCAAUACCCCCAAUCUUCUUGAUCAGCACCCCCCUUACAUUCCUCCUUUUCAAGUUGCGGGCUUGGCUCUUGGCCCGACCCACGAUGAGAACGGGCUGGAAUCUCAGUGGAAUUUAGGGCUCGAGGCCAAGAAAAAGCGCCCAAUUGAACAAGUUUUUCUGGAGAAUAAUUUGAAUAACAACAGCAGCAACAACAAUUCCCAGAUAUCCUCUGUGGAUUUGUUGCAGGCCCGCUCAGUGUCAACCGGGCUGGGCCUUUCGUUGGAGAAUCCCCGAUUGACAUCUUCUGGUGACUCGGCGUUGCUAGGACUGGUCGGUGACUCUCUUGAUCGUGAGUUGAUGAGACAAGAUGCUGAGAUUGAUAGAUACAUUAAACUUCAGGGUGAACGCUUGCGACAAGCUAUUCUGGAAAAAUUCCAAGCAACCAAAGUCCAGACCAUGUCAUAUGUUGAAGAGAAGGUUCUACAGAAGCUCCGGGAGAAAGAGGCUGAGAUGGAAGAUAUUAACAAAAAGAAUGUGGAACUUGAAUUACGUUUGGAGCAGCUCGCUCUGGAGGCAAACGCUUGGCAACAACGGGCAAAAUAUAGCGAGAACAUGGUUAACACCCUCAAGCACAACCUACAGCAGGUAUACGCACAAAGCAGGGACAGUAAAGAAGGGUGUGGCGAUAGCGAGGUUGAUGACACAGCAUCGUGCUGCAAUGGCCAACCGGUCGACUUCCACCUCCUCCGCAAGGACAACAACGAGAUGAAGGAGUUGAUGACGUGUAAGGUGUGCAGAGCAAACGAAGUGUGCAUGCUUUUGUUACCUUGUAAACAUGUAUGUUUGUGUAAAGAUUGUGAAAGCAAGUUGAGUGUGUGUCCCUUGUGUCAGUCCUCCAAGUACAUAGGCAUGGAGGUUUAUAUGUAAUGGAAUUAUAUGAAUCUAACGCUGACUCUGUCUUAAUUCUAAUAGACUUGGUUCUUGCCUUUA